GUUUAGUGAUUCCUUCUGUCACCACAAACUAAUUACUGUUCUAUAUUCUCUUCUCAUCCCUCCCAAGAAUUGAUGCCAACGGAAUAUUAAUCAAUCAAUCAAAUUAAGGCCAGUAUUUCAGUGUCCAUAGCCAAACAUUAUUGCUCUUGCGGUUCUAUAUUGGAAAGAAAGUUGAGAAUUAGUUGUUUUGAAGGAGAGACAGAGACGAUGCGUGGAGAGAGAAGGGAGACAAGGUCGGAGGAGGAAGAAGAAGAAGAGUCGUAUCAGGAGGUCAGGGACUCGUCAAAGUCGUCGCGGAGAAGUCGUCUUGGGCUGUUGCGGAACGACUAUUCUGAGAGCGACUUCAUUGUAAGCAGAAGCAACAGUACUGGACCUUCUUCGUCUUCUCACGGAUUUGUUAUCCGACCCCAUAAAAGGUGGUACAUGCUAUGGGUGCAUUUCAUACUGAUAUGGGCUGUUUACUCCUCCUUCUUCACUCCAUUGGAGUUCGGCUUCUUCAGAGGACUUCCGGAGGACCUAUUCCUUCUCGACAUCGCCGGUCAGAUUGCUUUUCUAGUCGACAUCGUCGUCCACUUCUUCGUAGCCUACCGCGACACCUCCUCCUACCGGAUGGUCUACAAUCGUAACCUCAUCGCCCUCAGGUACUUAAAAUCUCGGUUUUUGAUCGAUUUUCUUGGUUGUCUGCCAUGGGAUGCCAUCUUCAAGGCCUGUGGAAGGAAAGAGCCGGUCAGAUACAUGUUAUGGAUUAGGCUAAGUCGGGCUCUCAGAGUGACAGAGUUUUUUGAGAGGUUGGAAAAAAACAUUAAAAUCAAUUACCUAUUUACAAGAAUUGUGAAACUUCUGGUUGUUGAACUCUAUUGUACCCAUACGGCGGCUUGCAUCUUUUACUAUCUUGCCACUACCAUACCUCCUUCAAAGGAAGGAUACACAUGGAUAGGGAGCUUACAGAUGGGUGACUUUCACUAUACUGACUUCAGAGAAAUUGACCUUUGGAAGCGUUAUGUAACGUCUCUCUAUUUUGCCAUUGUAACCAUGGCAACUGUUGGUUAUGGAGAGAUACACGCAGUCAAUAUCAGGGAAAUGAUUUUCGUCAUGGUUUAUGUUUCUUUUGAUAUGAUUCUUGGUGCCUAUUUGGUUGGUAACAUGACAGCAUUGAUAGUAAAAGGAUCAAAGACAGAAAAGUUCAGGGAUAAAAUGGAUGACCUCAUCAAGUACAUGAAUAGAAACAAUCUUGAGAGGAAUAUAACUAAUGCGAUCAAAGACCAUCUGCUAUUACAAUAUGAUCGCGGCUAUACUGAAGCUGCUAUUCUCCAGGAUAUUCCAGCUUCUAUUCGCACAAAGAUCUCUCUGAAGUUAUAUGAACCAUAUAUCAGAGAAGUCCCACUUUUCAAGAGGUGUUCGCCUGGAUUUAUUAAGCAGAUUGCAAUAAAAGUUGAUGAGGAAUUUUUUCUCCCCGGAGAAGUGAUUGUAGAGCAAGGGAACAUGGUGGAUCAACUCUAUAUAGUUUGUCACGGUGAACUGGAGGAAGUAGGAAAAGAAGAAAACAAUGAAAUAGAAAAAAUUCUUAUGCGUCUGCAGACUAAUAGCUCAUUUGGUGAAAUUUCUUUUCUUUGCAACACUCCUCAGCCUUACACAGUUCGAGUUCGAGAACUUUGUAGGGUCUUAAGACUAGAUAAGCAAUCUUUUAUUGAAAUCCUUGCAACGUAUUUUUCCGAUGGACGGAUUAUCUUGGACAACCUUGUGGAGGGUAAGGAUUCUGUUUUACGGAAUGAGAUUUUGGAGUCAGACGUCAACCUUUAUGUUGCAAAGCAUGAAUCAGAACAAGCUAUGCGGUUAAAUUGUGCCAUCUAUCAUGGAGACCUUUAUCAAUUGAAGCGUUUGAUUGAUGCUGGAGCAGAUCCCAAUAAGGGAGAUUAUGAUGGAAGAUCACCAUUGCAUAUUGCUGCGUUAAAAGGAUAUGAAGAUAUCGCUCUUUUCCUCAUUGAACAAAGGGUGGAAAUCAAUGUUUCAGACAAGUUUGGAAAUACUCCCUUGCUUGAAGCCAUUAAGAAUGAGCAUGAUGAAGUGGCUUCAUUGCUUGUUAAAGCGGGAGCAUCACUGAAAAUUGAUGAUGAUGGUGGUUUUCUCUGUACUACUGUUGCAAGGGGAGAUUUAGAUCUUCUGAAAAGGGUCUUGGCCAAUGGACUUGAUCCAAACGUAAAAAAUUACGACUCCAGAACACCACUGCACAUAGCUGCAUCGGAGGGGUUCUACCUUGCAGCAAACUUGCUUCUAGAGUUUGGAGCUACAAUCUUAUUGAAGGACAGAUGGGGAAAUACUCCACUUGAUGAAGCCCGUAUCAGUGGAAAUAAGAGUUUGAUCAAGUUGCUCGAAGAUGCAAAAAUUUCUCAGACAUCAGAGUUCUCUGUUCUUCCUCAUCAAAUUGAAGAUGAGACACGUAGAAAAUGCACAGUAUUCCCCUUUCACCCUUGGGAUACAAAGGAGAGAAGAGAGGGAGUUGUUUUGUGGGUUCCACAAACCAUAGAAGAGCUUGUCGAGGCAGCAAUGGAGCAGUUGCAAUGUUCAAGCUGCUGUGUCAUUUUAUCUGAAGACGGUGGAAAAAUUGUUGACAUGCAAAUGAUUAAAGAUGAGCAGAAAUUAUUUUUGGUUGGCAAAGCUUAAUGCAAGGAUUCAAAAUCACCCAGUAAUGUAAUCAUUUGUAAGUCUGUUGUCUCCCAUAUUUAUACAGAACUUGGGAAGUGUUCUGAUUUAUUGACAUGUCAUAUAUGGAAAAUGAUAUGUAUGAAGUGACCUAAUUUUCUUUUGCAAGGCAUGUGAAAUUUGACCAAACUCUCUCAUAGUCAGUACCUCAAAACUA